AAAAAAAAAGUCUAGAAAUUAGUAGAAUGAAAUGAAUCACUUUGGAAAAUCGUUUGGUGUAAUCUACUAAAAUAAAAUAUAUGUAGUUCCACUGUUAGCUAUGUACUCAUUAGACGUGCCUGCAUAGGGGACCUAGAGCCAUGUACAAAACUGUUUAUAACUGUUUUUUCAUAAUUGCUGCCAACUGAGAACAACCAAAGUAUCGAUCAAGGUUACAUCAUAUAGUCAUGCAAAGGAAUAUUCUAGCUAAUACACAGAACCCUAGCUACGCAAAGCAACAACUGAUGAAUCUCACAAAAAUUAUGUUGAGUGAAAGAAGUCCGACAGAUAAUUUCAAAAACCAGGCAAAAAUAAACCGUAGGUGGGUGGGGCUUAAAGAUGCAUGUUAAGCUGGUAGAAGCACAGAAGUGAUUAUCAUCAAAGUCAGAGGCAGAGAGACAGAGGGACAGUUAUUAGUAGGUGUGGGGCCCUUUGGAGAUGCUGAUAAAACAUGCUCUUCAUGCUAAAUCAUUGAGCCGAGGGAAAGGGAGGAAAGGCAUGACUGUCAAGCAUAAGUCUUGUUGGAGUUGCAAGAGAAAGUUAAUUUUGGACUUGGAAAACAAAUGAUCAGUUAAGAAUGAAGACAGAGAAAGCUCACCUUAUCCCCUUUGCACUUUUUCUGAGGAAAUUCCUUGAGGAUAUACAACAAGAAAGAGAAUGUGUGACACAAUUAACAGUGGAGGCUAAUGAGAAGAAGUCUCAGGCUGUUGGCUGUGCAGCAGGCCUGGAAAGAAGCUCCGAGAAACUUGUCUUCAAAAAGAAUGGAAUAGAUUCCAAAUAAUAGAUGUGAGUGCUGCUUUCGAUACCGUUCUUGGGAUAAAUGUUGCAGUCAAGAAACUAAGUCGGCCUUUUCAGAAUCAAACUCAUGCAAAGAGAGCCUAUCGCGAACUCGUCCUCCUAAAAUGUGUCAAUCAUAAAAAUAUCAUUAGUUUGUUAAAUGUGUUUACGCCACAAAAAACUCUAGAAGAAUUUCAAGAUGUGUACUUGGUUAUGGAAUUAAUGGAUGCUAACUUAUGUCAGGUUAUUCAUAUGGAGUUGGACCAUGAAAGAAUGUCCUAUCUUCUUUACCAGAUGCUCUGUGGUAUUAAACAUUUGCAUUCAGCUGGUAUCAUCCAUAGAGAUUUGAAACCUAGCAACAUUGUAGUGAAGUCAGACUGCACCCUUAAGAUCCUGGACUUUGGCCUGGCCCGGACCGCAUGCACCAACUUUAUGAUGACUCCCUAUGUGGUGACACGGUAUUACCGGGCGCCCGAAGUCAUCCUGGGCAUGGGCUACAAAGAGAAUGUUGAUAUCUGGUCAGUGGGUUGCAUCAUGGGCGAGCUGGUGAAAGGUUGUGUGAUAUUCCAAGGCACUGACCAUAUUGAUCAAUGGAAUAAAGUUAUUGAGCAGCUAGGAACACCAUCUGCAGAUUUCAUGAAGAAACUUCAGCCAACCGUGAGGAAUUAUGUAGAAAACAGACCAAAGUAUCCUGGAAUCAAAUUUGAAGAACUCUUUCCAGAUUGGAUAUUCCCAUCAGAAUCGGAACGAGACAAAAUUAAAACAAGUCAAGCCAGAGAUUUGUUAUCGAAAAUGUUAGUGAUAGACCCUGACAAGCGCAUCUCCGUGGACGAAGCUUUGCGUCACCCUUACAUCACCGUUUGGUAUGACCCCGCAGAAGCAGAAGCGCCACCACCUCAGAUUUACGACGCCCAGUUGGAAGAAAGAGAACAUGCGAUUGAAGAAUGGAAAGAGCUAAUUUACAAAGAAGUCAUGGAUUGGGAAGAGAGAAGCAAGAAUGGUGUUGUAAAAGAUCAGCCUUCAGAUGCAGCAGUGAGCAGCCACGCCACUCCUUCUCAGUCGUCAUCUAUCAAUGACAUUUCAUCCAUGUCCACUGAGCAGACGCUGGCCUCAGACACAGACAGCAGUCUCGACGCCUCGACGGGACCCCUUGAAGGUUGUCGAUGAUGAGUUAGAAAUAGCAAGUUUUUAUCAGGGAGGAAGUCUUGCCUCCAUGGGCCUGAAAUGCUCGGGAGUUGACAGAACCAAAUAGAAAAACUCCAUGUUCUGCAUGUAAGAAACACGAUGCCUUGCCCCUGCUCAGUCCUAAUAGGGUUGCCUGCAUAGAUUAUAAAAUGAUGCAGGUUGUAUCUGAAGGAAAAAAGUGCAAACCACGCUUUUAGAGAUUGUGUUCAAGGUCAUUUCAGGUGAGCAAUUAGAAUGGAUGGGUUUUUUUUAAAUUGUGCAGUAAUUGUAGUGACAAUUUCUCAUCCUCAGUAACUGUUGGGACUUAUAUGCAUGUGACCACAAAUGCUUGCUCCGACUUGCCAUCUAGCACUUUGGAAAUCAGUAUUUAAAUGCCAAAUAGUCUUCCAGGUAGUGCUGCUUCUAGAAUUAUCUCUUAAUCCUCUUAAGUACUUUGGUGUCUAUCCAGAAAAAAAUAGAUUUAUGUGUAGUAAUUGGCCACCAUCAUAUUAUCAUCUUACCUUCUUUUAUGGUAUGAUUUAUUCUAUCUUUUGUAUUUCAGAAGGAAUAUAAUUAAAUCUAUUUAAUAAAUAAAAAAUAGAACUUUUUUAAACUUUGUCAUGUUUGGGGCUGAGAAUUAUCCCUGCUAAAGCCAGGACACUUACAUGCACAUUUGUUCUCUUCAAAUCAUCUUAAUCUGGGAUGGUUGUACAUUCAGUUUUAUUGCAUGGUAAAAUUUUAAGUUUCGUUUUGUGCUGCUUAAAACAUGUAAACCUUUAAAAUCCGAUCUACCUUAACUCCUUUUUUUCCUGGUCUUCUAGACUUAUUAUUAAUUUAAAAUGCUACUUAGAAAUUCACUUUCUAUAUUAGCCACCUAACAGUUCAUUUCAGUAAUCUGAUGGCAGAUAGAUCCUUGAAUCCAUUUCGUGCUGUUAGAGUAGAAUUGUACGAAAUGAUCACAGGAGUGAUCGCAGGCACAGACUGGACCAAGUGCCCACUCUGGCCCAGGCGAGGCUGGGUCUGUUUUGAUCUUCCGCCCUUCAAGGUAUUUGUGACUUCACAGGCAGUGUUUCCCUUGCCAACACAAAGUUCUUACUCAAUUUUCUCUCUUUACUGAGAGAAACCACGUGAAUCCCUUUUGGUCUUCUUUAGGAAGCAAGGCUGAUUGUGAACACCUGCUUCUUGUGGUUUUCCACUUUGGGGAGGCGUCUCCUUUUCCUCAGGGAAAUCCGUGAAUGUUCGGGUAAAACUCAGAGGGAUGUGGAAGAAACGCCUGAAAGAGUAGUGAUUAACUAUUGACUAUUUCCUGAUUUAAAACUGCUCACCUGAAAUUGAUACUUUCAGACUCUUCGAUGUAGAAAUUAUUCAAAAUUCACUGAGAUACUCUGUAUUGAAGUGUCACUGAAGAAGUGGGGUUACUACGGUCACAGUUUGGCUUCCUGUGCUAAUAGUGCUUUUCCCUUGUGCUUAUUCUGUUCCAGGUUCAUAUCUUGUGUUUAAUUGUUUUGGAAGCUGUUGGGUCAACAGUCUAUAGAAUUGUUCUGAGGAGGAAUUUUGAUAAGAAAGUUUAUUAUAAAUAUUAUCUACAAUAUAUGAUUCUCUCUGCACCAGUUGUAUCUCAUUGGUUGGUCUUAUCCCUGGAAAGUGGGACCUUUGAUGAGCAAAAUUAAUGUUGAAAUAAUAAAUAGUUUAAUAUUGUAAGGUUUAGAUACAUUUAAGGGCAAGAUGGAAACACUGACUUGGACUGAAGUAGAAACGCCUGUUGUAGGACUUGGGGCAGUUUCAUUUGGGGCGGCCUGAUGGUGUAGUGAGCAGUUAUCACAAUGCAUGAAAAAGCAUCUUAAAUCUACAUUCUCUAAACAUUCUUUAAAUCUAUCUUUAAAAAGAAAAACAAAGGGGAGAGUUUUAAAAUGCAUUAUCUACCCUAGGCUCAUGUAAACGUGGCACAGGGUGCUGAGGGCACAUCAAGGUCCCACUUACCAGGCGCUAUUAGUAGUGCAGCCAGGAGCCCACAAGUUGGCCACCUGCUCACUCAUUCCUCCCUGCAUUCACAGAGGAGCCCGCAUACGUGUGGGCGGAUUUCCUGCCAGGACCGCCUUCCAUCAGGUAGUGGCCAGUGCGCCUAGGGCUGCAGGCACAGAGCUCCAUGGGAAUACCUGGCCCUCCCCAGGGCGCCCUCCCAGACGAGGCGUGCUGGUCCUGGUGCCAGGCACGUGGUUCUGAACUGGUCAUGAUGGACGAAUGCUGAGGUGGAUGAGAACUGAAAAUGUGCUCAAUUUUUCAUCUUCUCUAUUUUAUUUUUGUAAUUUAUAUUGUACACGACCCUGGACGUAACUAUUUUGGACACAUAUUUUUAUAAACCAGGUAAUUUAUUAGCCUGGAAUUUGGACUAGGUUUAUUUUGUUUGUUGGCUUCGUUUUCGGUCAAAACGGAAAUGACUUCCUCCCUUGUGUGGGGUCUUGAUUUCAAGUACAGGUUCCAGAGAGCAGACAGAAUCUGUCCGAGUAGGAGAGCGUUCUAGAAGCACAUGCUGCUCAGUGCUGAUCAGCUAUGGUCCUGGAGUCCCGAGCACAGCUCUGUCAUUAUCUUUGGGACGCAAAACUCCGAGCAGCAGGGCUGAAAGGAGAAACCCCUGGGGGCCCAUCGCUGGUCGCUGACAGCCACGGUCCCUACUAAAAGGCUGAGUGCAAUGCUGGAUUCAUACAGAUUUGUCGCUGUCCUGCGCACGGUGGUAAGGGUGAGGCCGUCAGGUUGAUUGGUAUUUAAAGCCUCCGGCAUUUCACACUGGUAGUGAAUACAGAUUGCAUAUUCAGAAGUAACAUUGCCUAAUGUUUUAUAAUAAAAUCUAUUAUGUGUGUUUUGAUUGGUGAAAAUAAUACAGAUACAUUUUAAAAGAGAAGUAUAGAGCAUGUCCAAUUCUUGUGUGUUUUUAAGUGACGAUUGACUGUAUAUUUGUACAUCGCCAUCUCUGAUUACAGAUUUAACAUGAACACA